UUUUUGUUGUCUCUCAAACACGCAGGCGGCGGUAUUUUUGCUCUCGGGGUUUAAUCCGAUGAAAUAUUAUUGCGAGUUUUUUGGUAGUGCGACAUAUUAAACGGGUGCAAUUUCGUGCGGAAAGUGUUCUCCAACGAGCGGUGCAUCGUUUACGUGUGGAAUUCAGAUUCCCGGCUGAGGGUGUUCGAUUCGUUUCUAACCGGAUUUCUCUGGGGUCCGGGUGGAAUUAUCUUCAGUAGAAGAAAGGAAACCGUUUGCGGCUUCGAUUGGGUUUAAGCUAAGAUAGCGUCUAGCAUCUUGGUGCGGGACAUUCAUUGUGUCGUCGUUUCUUGUGAUAGUCCCGGGUGUGGCCUGAAGCGCAAUACAGAAUCUUCUCUGCGGAGUCUGCGAGUUGAACCUCGGAACAGACAUCGAGGCCCGGGUUGAAGGUAGGGGUGUCAGCUCCUGACAUAGAAAAAGAAGAGCCAUCUUAAGAUCCUUGGAAGAGGCAAGUCGAAGCAUACGACAGCAGUAGCAACAUGGGUGACACUAUCCACUUUGGACCUGCGUGGUUGCGCAAAGUUGCUGCAUUCGAUAGUAACGCGAUGAGCAGCAUUGGUGGACCUCCCCACAGUGUUAACAACAACAAUAUAGGUAGUAGCAACAGCUCCAGCACCAGCAAUAAUCAGAUCAACAGUAACAACAAUAACAACAGCAGUAGCUCCGGUUCAGCUGGGGGCGGUGGCGGUGGCAGCUAUUCGGCGACUCUUACGGCUGUCAAUGCAGCAACAACAGCAGCAGCACUUGCCGCAGCAGUCACCACGACUACCCGUUACGCACUGGCCGAGUUCCGGUAUGGGCGGGAGGAAAUGUUGGCACUAUUCGACGUGAAAGCGGUCAAAACGCCAGAGAUACUGGUCAGCUUCAAAAAUUUGUAUGUUGACAAGGUGCAGUGUCCCCUGGCGUUGACCCCUUGCACCGACGAUGAUGUGGUACCGGAACCAGAUACCAGGCGUAUAUGGCAGACAAGGAGUACUUCAUUGGGCGUGCCAGGACGUGGCGCUCGUGGUGGUUCUGUUGAUCGGGGAAGGGGUCGUGGUAGAGGCAUCUAUCUCGGCUACCAGCGGUCAACCUCUUUCUACGACGACGAAUCCAGGAGCGUGGGAAGAGGUGAACGACCAUGGCUGGAACGCAACGGUACCGGAGGUCCCCUCGGUGGCAGCGGAGGAACCGGCGGUGGCGAAGUGGAUUGGAACAAUACUUCGUCAUCGCCCCGGAAGGAGUUCGGGGUACGGCCACGGACGACCAACAUGGAAAGUUGGCGCCGGGCUCGCCCGGAUGACGAACCUAGCGCAACGGACUGGCGCAGUGGUAAUCUGAACACCAGUGGUGGCAGCAGUGGUUUGUCCGGCACGGGCAUGCGGGAUAAGUGGUCUCGUUCUACCAGCUGGCGUGAUGAGGAUAGUGGAACCAACGAUUUAGGUCGAACUGGAAUAAGCAGCCUUCAUCCAUCAACUAGUAGCGAACGGAUUAUUCCGAGCUCGGGAGCGUACAAGCCUCGGUUAUCGGCGCUGAGUGGAGGCACUGGGGAUUUGAGCACCAGCGGUGGAACUGGUCCUAUGAGUGCAUUACGACGUAACUGGGAUACGGAAGAUCAACUUCCUGAAUGGGCAACGGAGAAUCCUUCAGACUAUGGAGGAAGCUUCGAUGCCAGUGGGGCGUUCCAUGAUUCCGAUAACGACGUCGAUGGUCGACUAGACGACGACGGAAACAAGGAAAACUAUGUGAACAGAAAGGAAGGCUCUUCGGGAAGUUCCAGGAGAAGUGCAUCGUCGAAGGAAGGUAGUGCCAGCAAAGAACCAACCCCGAAUCAUUUGAUGGAAAAAACUGAAUUGGCGGAAGAACCCCAGAAAGCCAGUGUGAAUGAGGAGCAAAAGGUGCUGGAACAAAAAGAGGCAGCUGAAUCUAAUAAACCGAUGGAGGACAGCUCAAGUGGAAAAGGCAUGUCGUCUACUAAAGAGUCUGUUAGUCCCCAUCCUUCAUCGGUGGACACUCCAAAGAUAACACAAGAAGUGGCGGCUGAAAUCGAGACCCAUAAAACGGCCGCCAAUAGCAAUAGUAGUACUGUUGAAGUAAGUACAGAAGCUAGCGAGAGUCCAAGUAGAGGUCGUGAAACGCAGUCUAGAGAUGUGCCGAAGAAAUCUGCUUCCAGUUCAAGUGUUGACCGGAUGCAAGAGGUGGCCGAUGAUAUGGUUGCUCAGUUAAUUAUGGACGAUGAGUACACGGGCGCAGGAGAUACGGACCCCAGUCCGGUAUCCAGGUCGUUGGACAAAUCGCCUGUUCUUGGUGCUCAAAUUCCAAUGAACAUACUACUGACUAAGGAGCCUGUAGCCAUGCAACAGUUAUUCGGAAGUAGUAGUUCAAGUAGUGGCAAUCGUAACAUACUGCUUUCCAUGGAUCGGUUGCAUGGCGUAGGUGCUCAGAUGCCUCCAAUCCAUCAAACCGGGACGGAUAUUUGGUACUACAGGGAUCCGCAAGGAAAAGUUCAAGGUCCUUUUCCAGCAUCAGAGAUGACCGAAUGGUACAGGGCCGGUUAUUUUGAUGACUCGCUCUCUGUGCGUCGUUCAUGCGAUGAAAUUUACACGACCCUCGGACAACUUGUAGCUCUCUGUGGCGGUGCCAUUCCAUUUUUGAACUCAAUGAGUAUACCACCGAUUAAGAGUAGUAGUAUUAACUCAAAACAACAGCAUCAGCAGCCCCAGCCUCAGCCACCCCAAGCUCCCACUAGCUCAUUCCAACAACAGAAACCUGCCUCCACGUUACAGCAUCUGCAGCAACAAGCUCCACCUCUCGAGACGGAUCUGACGGCUCAGCUGCAGUUCACUAAAAAGCUCCAUAUGUUGCGUCAACAGAGCCUGAUAAUGCAAAAGCUGAGUUCGGCCGAUGGCUGGACUUUGCUCUCUCAGGAACAGCAGAAUGCAAUUAUUGCCCAGCAUAUGGCUCAACUGCAGCUGAACGACAGUAUGUUGAUAUCUCCCUCGCUUCCGACGCCUACCAGCUCAUCGAAUCCGCCGAAUCCGGCAAGUAUUUUCGGGGGUGUCGUCCCACCGCAGGAUUCGCUAGUCAAUCUCAAACAGGCGCAGCAGCAACAGCAGCAUCAAGUACAGCAGGUUCAAGCACAGCAACAACAGCCGCAACCUGGGCAGCAUCCGGUGUUGGAGCAGCUGCAGAAAACGAGUAGUCUCAGUAAUGCGUUCCAAAAAAUGCACGACUUCGGACAGCCACAGCCUGCGCGACAAAUGCUGGGGAAUUUAAACGUAGAUCCCACUGCCGGUCAUGAUCAUUUGGGGCAACUGAUUCACAACAUUAACUUUAAUCAUCAACCUCCAGUACAAAACCUUCCACUUGGCUCCAAUAUGUUGUUGAAGCAUAACCUCAUAGGUAACCUGACACCGCAGCAGCAACAACAACAGCAGCAGCAACAACAGUCGCAGCCAUCCCAACAAUCCCAAGCACCAAAACCGAAUAUAGAAAACGAUCCAAUUCAAUCACUGCUCAUGCAACUAUCGAUGCAUAAACAACAGCAGCAGCAACAACAACAACAGCCGCCACAGCCAUCUAAAACACCAGUGGAAUUGAUGUCUCCGUGGUUACAAACGCAAACAAUGCCACCACAGCAACCCCAGCAACCAGCGUUACGCUCGUUGAGUAGCGGUUGGGGAGAUCUCCCCCCUACGAGUGCUUCUUUUGGUUCGCUUUUGCAGCAAACUGCUUCGCAACCGCAGCAUUUAGGGGGUCAUCCGCUGGUGAAUGCAAGCUCUGCUAACGAACCUCAGGCUCCAUCAGUUGUUUCGUUGUUCAAACAUCAUCAACAAACUGAAAAGCAGAAUCAAGAGAAACUGGUUUCCGAACCACACCAACAGCAACAGCAACAUUUGCAACAGCAACAGCAGCAGCAGUUACAACACCAACAACAAAUGCAACAGCAGCAUCAACAACAACAAAGUCAGCAUCAUAAUCAUCAGCUGCAUCAGCAACAGCAGCAACAACCGCAAGCAACAAAUCAUCAGCAGCAACAACAGCACUUUGAACGUACUCAUCAAAAGCAACAGCAUCAGCAAGUUGAAAAUUCUGUUACACAACAACAGCAGCAGAUUUUGCAACAACAACAACAACAACAGCAACAACAGCAGCAGCAGCAACAAUAUGCCCAGAAGCCAUCGAAGGAUGAUAGGAAAGAGCAAGAGCUCCACGCUCAGCAGCAAGUCCAACAACAGCUGCAGCAACGGCAUUUCCAACCACCUGCCAAACAAGAAAAGCAACAAUCAAAGCCUGCUCAACAGAAGGCAGUUAAUAAUGUUGAUGUCGAAGAACCACCAGUUCACCAACAACAACAACAACAACAACAGCCACAACAGCAACAAGCUGUAAAGUUUCCCCAACAGAAGGGUAACAAGAAACAACAGCAGUCCAACCAACAGCAUAAGCACCAUGUUGAUGAUGAUCAGGGUGAAUUCAUCAACAUGAAGAAAGAGAUGGAGGAGAAAAAACGCCAGAAAGAGUUGAAAAAGCAACAACAGGAGGAACUUAAACGCAAGCAGGUCGAGGAAAAGAAGAAGCAAGAAGAGGUGGACGCCCAAAAGAAGGCCAAGCUUCUCGAGGUUCAACGGCGCGAAGCGAUUAAGAUUCAAGAGCAACAGCAACCACGUCCGGUUACGAAGGUAGCUCCGUGGUCCGCUUCGGUUGCCGAAACGGUCAACAGCGGGCCAAGCCUGGACGAAAUUCAAAAAGCCGAACGCGAACGGCGUGCCGCUUUGGUCCGCCAUGAACAGUCUCUCCGCGAACAACAACAUCAGCAAGAGAUUCUCGAGCUCCAGUCCCAUCUAGAUAGCAAGCUCAAGUGGAAUGCCCAAAACUUGAUACCACAAAAUGUGAAAUCCCUGGCGGAAAUUCAAGCUGAGGAAGCCGCAGCUGCGGAUCGCGCUCGAGAAAAGAAUGCCGCUGCGCUAACUGCGGCUUCGAUUGCUGCAUCCGCUGCGAAGGCUGCCAAAAAGGAAGAAAUACUCGGAACGGCCGUUUGGCAGAGCCAAGGCAGCGUUCUGACCUGGAACACAACUAAACUGUGGACCAAUUCCGGUGACGAACAGAACAGUCUCAGCUCUGGUGGUUUCUGGGAAGAACCGAACCCUUCGAACAAAAACGGUCGUCAGAAGCAGAACCACCAGCAAGCUGCCCAACAGCAGCAAGCCCAAAGUCAGAAGCAAAUGCUGAGCAAGAGCAAGACUAUGGGCAGUAUCUCGACUGCUUCGUCAUCGAAUGCCGUAGCUGCAGCCAAGCAACAGCAGCAGAAGAAUCAAAUGCAACAGCAACAGCAUAAGAAUGCUUCCAAGGGCGCCCCCGGUGCGGGUAAGAACUCGGGAGGAUCUUCCGGUGCAGGUGGUGAUCGCCGAGAGCGUAGUCAGGGUGCCGAUCACACCAACGAGUUCACUGGGUGGUGUACCCGCGCAUUGACCUCGCUUAACAGCAAUGUUGAUAUUCCCACGUUCGUUGGUUUCCUGCAGGACAUUGAAUCACCGUUCGAGGUGAAGGACUACAUAAGACUCUAUCUUGGCGAAACGAAGGAAUGUGCAGAAUUUGCCAAACAGUUCCUGGAGAGACGCUCCAAGUACAAGAACCAGAUGCGCCAGAAGAACGCCCAUAUUGACGACAUGUGCAAACCGGCCCCGGCCAUCAACCCGUCGUCCAAUGAUUUCCAAGAGAUCAAGAACAAAAACAAAAAGGUGAAGAAAAACAAGAUGACCAAGCUGGACAAUCGUUGUCUGGGCUUCUCGGUGACCGCUGCCCCGGACCGUCUGAAUGUCGGCGAUCGCGACUACGGUGACAAUGCCUAAUCGGGCACGAACACCAAAAGGUAGGCAAUCAAAAAGGGAAACACACAUUUCCGUUGAUCUGAUCUGAUCCCUUACAUAUUAAGAGCGGAACACAACUACAUGCACGUUUGAAAUAGGAGUUUUUUUUUUCAUGCUAGGACACAGUAAUAAAAAGUGCAGUGAGCGCUUUCGAUGAAACAGGAAAGUUAUGAUGAAGUGCUUUCAAUUUGCGUUUUCCCUAAAAUAGGAAAAAAAAAUAAAACAUACAUAAACAAUAGUUUUGGCGUUGCAUAGGACAAACGAAAUAAAUCAUAAACGAACACAUUUAGCCAAGAGAAUAGUAAACAAAAAUAUAUGGAAUUUUAAAAGGACAUACUACACAACAGCAUUGAAAAAAAACAUAUAUUCGGUUUCGGUUUUGCCCAUCCAAACAGGAGGAAUGUCGAGCGACAUACCGCGGUGUAGUGCGAUGUAUAAUAAUAAUAGUGAGAAAAUUAGGAGUCAGUUUUGUCUAUGUUUUCGUUAGUCAUCCUAAUAAUACUUUUCAUUGUAUCACUGUGAAUCGAAUGGACAUGAUUGUAUGGCGUUUUUGAAUUACAAAGCACUUGUUCGGAAUUCAAAUGGCGGCGUUGUUUUUUUUUCGGGUGGUAGACUCAACUGAUAACUCAGGGAUGGUUUCAAUUAUUCUGUCGGCGUUUGACUUGUUUGCCAAAAACUCAUUACAGGAGUAGACACAAAAUCAGCUUAUGGAAUUAGUUAUGGACAAACGAGCCAAAGUCCGACAAAAUGAUUGAAACCAUUCCUGCACAGGAUACGAAGAUCACAAAAUGUCAACGAUACGUUAUCUACACGACAGUUCCUCAAAUCUUCAAUCUGAUUUGUUUAUCUUCCUCACGGAGUGAUUCAGCUCAUUGUACUAGUCAAAAAAAUUGUCGGAUUGUUGUGGUUACUUGUUCGACCCACCGUAGACGUCCGAUUGUUUUGUUAUGGACGAUUCUAUCAGUAAUUGAUAGUUUAAAUACGUUUUCUCCAAUUAUUUACCUUCUGCAUGUUUGAGUUCAAAAUCUUCUUCGAAAUGAGGAUCCUGUAGAUUUAUCAGUGCAUUUUUUUCUUCUGCGUGAUUUUGUGUAAUAAAUCAACGCAUAUGAAAUGUUCAAAACCUCACUUGACCUUAGGAUUAGGAUAAAGAUUGCCUCUCCCAAAGAAGAGACUUUCCCUGCUCUCAUGAUGCGCCCGAGUUCCGUUUACUCGAUCUUUCUAGCAUCAUAGUAUCGAAAAUUUAAGCUAGAAUGAGUUAUCCAGAAGAGGCAAUAUAAUUUAUUUUAAAGUCAGUAAUGCCAUUAAACGGCAAUUGUAGGUCCGUUUUCCACAAUCAAACUUGUUGAUUGUACACCCGUUCAAAUAUGUUGACUCAAGAUCAGCGUCGCUCCUUAUCGAAAGAACUUAUUAGAGAAAGGUCAAAUUUCAAGUUUAUUAAAGUCAAAUAAUUAUAAAUUUAUGCGCAAUCAUCGGUUCGUUUAUAGAUACAUAGAAAACACAUACGUUUGAAGUAGAUCAGAAAACAAAACAAAAAUGAUAUCUUAACUUUAUUUUCUAUUCACAUUAGAUGUGAAUAAAAACAGAUUUUUUUCCCAAAAUAGCAAUAAAAAAUAUUGAUAAUUUUGAUUCACAAAUCAAGUGAAGUAUUGUUAUGUUCAACCAUACAUUCUAUAUUUUGUUUUUGUUUAGACACAAAUUUGACGUUCGUAUAAUUUUGAUCUUAAUACUGUUUGCUAGUGCAGAAAAUUAUGUUCCUCCUUUUAAUUUAUUAGUUUAUUUAUCAUAUAACGUCAAUGUUUUUCAAAAUAUUACAUGGAAAUCAGAAUAUAGUUCAAUUUAAAUCAUGUAUCGUACCCAAAUUAAAAUAUAUAAAACCAAUGAAAUUUAUAACUAUUCGAAUAACAGACAGAAACAAAAAUUCCCGUUUAUUGUCAGCGAAAUGUGUGUUGUCCCGAGUCGAUCCCGCCCAAGGGCGGUCUGUUAAAACAAUUAUAUAUUGUUAGGUAAGCGGAAAUAAAUCAUAGAACCCAGUUCCGAUAAGUUGAUCAAUGCAAAGGCGCAGAGAACUUUCGAAACAAUAAGCUGUUACACACAACAACAUACCUAGUUCUAAAUAGAAACAAUACAAAAAUAAAACACAGUAACAAUCGAAAACAAAAGAUAAACCGGAAGUGAAAAGGAGUACCCACAAACUAGCCAUUCAAUCGCAGCAGCUGCCACUGUCGGGAUGUUCGAUUUUUGCCUAACAAAAUUGACUUAAUUGUUUUCUCCGGAAUCACAGUAAGUUUCGGCUAACUAACGCCACUUUUGCAGAGACCCCAGAAUUUAGUGCUGCCAAACAAGCGGCUUUGCAGAUUUUGUUGUAUCUAAUUUCACAGCAGAAACCGUACAAAAUCGUUGAAACGGGCAUCACUGAUUUAAUCAGAUUUGAAUCGAAUUCGCAGCAGGUUCUGCAGGUCUGUUGAACUGAAGCAAAGUCUUGUCUUUGGAUGAGCAUGCUACAGUAAUCGUCGAGUAAUCGUCUGUUAAUUUCCAUUUUUUUUUAGAACUGCGUUUGUUAACCUUUUUCUUGAGAGGUAACCCCUUCGAACUUUUGCGUUAGUUGAGGUACGCUAUAUUUGUUAGCUGUAAAUGCAAAUAAGCGUAGAUAAAAUAUGUGAAAAAUGGACCUGAAAACUAACAGGAUAUAUGCUGCCGCUAACCGCAAGUCAGUCCCAUAUGUAUAUGGAUGCCACAUACAGACGGGACUGACAUGCGAUUAGUGGGAAUAUGGUUCUCCAUAAAGUUGACUGAAAUUUUAAAUUAGAAGAAUUCCGAGCCUCUUGAAAGGGGGCUUUCGAUCGAUUUAAAAGCCACUUCUAAGCAUCUCUUAAGGACGCCUCUAUGCCUCUCUAAGUACUCUUCCGAGCCAAUAAAAAAACGUUUUGUUUGCCAUCUUCGAAGGAAUUCCUGGAGAAUUUCCGAAGCUAUUUGUGGAGAAAUCUAGAAAUUUAUUCGGGAAAUCAAUUUGGGAUUGGUUUGUAAAUUCUUUUGAGUAUUCCCUCGGAAAUUCUUCAAGAAUUUAUUAAAAAAUUCAAAAUCACUAAGGAUUUUCCAAAGCAAUUCCUGAAGGAACUUCCAAAGGAAUUUCAGGAUUAAUUUUCCAUGGAAUUUCCGAAGGAUUUUUUAAUUAAAUCACUAAAAGAGUGUCCAUAAGAAUGAUAAGUGCAAUUUUCCAAAUUAUUUCUGGGGGAAUUUCCAAGAUAAGUACCCGAAGGUAAUUCCGGAUGAAUUUCAAAAGGAAUUUCCGUAUGGAUUUUUGAGAAAUUUCCGAAAGGAAAUCUAGAGGGAUUUUCGAAAAAAAAGUGUAUAGGGGUUUGUGAAGGAUUUUUUUUUCAAAAGAAUCUCUAAACUAUUCGCGUAGUUUCGGCUUUUCAGUUUGUAUAUUUAAAAAAAAAUAACCGAAAAUUCAAAGCAAUUCCUGAUGAAAUUUCCGAAAGAAUUCCUAAACAAAUUUCAGUAAAAUAUAUGAAGAAAUCUGCAAAGUAUUUUGCUAAGAUAUAUCCGAGGUAUUUUCUGAAGAUAUUUUCGAAGAUGUUCCUAAAGGAAUUUCCAAAGAAAUUCGUAAAGGAAUCGUCUAAUGCAUCUAUAUUGGAAUUUUCGGAACAAUUCUUUGAGAUGUUUUCUAAAGGUUUUGCAAAGAAAUUUUCGAAUCUUGGAGGAAGUUCCGAGGGAAAUUCUGAAGCAAUUCUUAGAGUUCUUUCUUUGGGGGAAUUUCUGAAAUCAGUUUCGAAGGAUUUUCCGAUGGAAUCAAUGGAGGAGUUUACACAGGAAUACCUUGAGGAAUUUCCGAUGCGAUUUCUGAAGGAAUUUUGAGGUGAACUUGCGAAGGAAUUCCUGAAAAAAUUUCUUAAGUAAUUUACGAGAAAAAAUGUUGCCACUAAUAAUUUCUUUCGAAAAGUGUUUUUCGCAAUAUAUACUUGUUUGAAUCGAUUAUCGGCAAAAAUCUAUAUAUGGCACCUCUGGUAAUUAAUGUAAACAACUGGACAAAUCAGGGAAUUUUGUUUUUUAUAGAUGAGUAGACACCAUGAAAUGAAAUGUUUUAUAAGUGAGCAUAAAAGUACAUAUUUCACAAACAUGUGAUGUAUUGAAUUCGAAUGUUGUCAUGGCACAUGAGUUAGGACGGGAUGCAGUGAUAUCUUUUUCAAAUACGUCUAUUUGCUAGGCUCAGACGUGUAUACAACUUUACAGAUCCACGACCUUUAUGAUAUGUUGAAAACCCUUUAUUAUGAUUAUUAUCAGUUAGUAAAAAGGGGAUAUACACCAACGUACUCGUGGUGACUCGAGGUUAGGUUGGGAGGUUAAGGAUGGAGAAAGCUUAGGAUUUGGGAUCAGAGAAUUUCAGCUGCUCAUCCAUGUAUUUGGCCUCAAAGACGGUAUUACGCGGCACCUUGAAGAAAGGGUUCGACUGGGAGUGAUUACAAUUUGUGGGAUCAGAGUGUAAAUUUAUCCCCUGUGUUCGUCUUUUCGAUAUAAUUUUAUUAUUAACCGCCGUACGGUUGAAAGGCGGACCCCGGCGAUAAUUUUAAGUUCAGCUAAGGUACCCCGGGGCAAGUGGGACCUAGAAAACAGGGUGUUCGAGGACAUUAACCACGGAUACAUCUUUUCAUGCUUCCAUUGUUACGAGAUAAACCGGCCAAGGGCUGAAUAUCUCGUUAAUAAAGAUUAUAAUAAUAAUUCCAUUGUUGAAGUGUAGACGUGUUGGUCGCCAUUUAUUCAAUUACAAAACAUAGUGACAUUGGCAGUGACAAGAAUAAAUUUAACUGUAGGACCCACUUACCCCUUCAAAUGGGGGAAGUGGGACCUAUUCUUUAUACUGUCGAACGAAAUUAAUUUGAAGAGUGUUGAUAUAAUGUUCAUUGUUCUAAUUAUUUUUGAGUCGUAGUAUUUUCAGAUCAUGGAUGGAGGUUUAUUGCUUGUCGGACUUUUGUUUUUGCAACAAGAAAGGGAUUAUAAUGUUAGCAGAUAUGAAAACAAGAGUUUACUAUUUAAUUGUUGUCUAAGCUUACUUUCGAACCAAGUGCUUUAGGUGGAAAGGAUAAGAAAAUCUUUGUUCAUUUUUCGUAUGAAUAUUUCUCUAUUAAGAAAACAAAUUAUUACAUAAAACAGUACUUCGAAAGGAACGUUUUUGAUUCAGGCGAUGCGCAGUGCUGUAAAUUUGUAAUAGAACAAAAUUGCCAAUUUAGGUCUUAAGCACUUUAUUUAUCUAGAAAUCUAGAAAUCUGAUACGAAGUUUAAAAACAACAAAACCUGUUGACCUAUUGUAGAAUAAAUAGAUUAUUUGCACUGUAAGCGAUAAAUUUCGUUAUUUUCAUUGUUCUUUUUCACGCGGGAGAUAAUUUUCAUAAUGUAAAAUACAAUUAAUAGACAACUGUACAAUACUUCUUAACAACGAAACCAUCGAUAUCAACUGCAUUUGAUUCAGAUCCAUAUGAUAUUAUGAGUGUCGAAAUUAUUUUUCACUAGGCAACAAUCUAAAACAGGUAAAUUGGCUCUAUUGAAAAUCUCGUUCACAUAUAUCCCACUUGCCCCAUGUAUGUUAAAACUCAGGGGUAAGUGAAAAUUGCAGAUUUUGGCUUUAUUUAAAACUUUUGAAUCGAUUUCCAUGUCACAUAGUUAUUUAAUCGCUCGCUUUCCACAUCAAUGAUGAAUUUAGAAACGACCAUUUUGAUGGAAAUCCAUGAAAUUAAAUUAAAAGUAGUAGCUUUUCCCAGUAGUUUGAAGUGGGGCUACCCCAAAUGGCAUAAUUCCAUUCGGCAUAAGUCCGUUUGGCAUAAUGCCAUUUGGCAUAACGAGUUGAAUAGCCAGGGGCCUUUUGGCAUAAAGACCAUUUGGCAUAACGACCGUUUGGCAUAAUACAGGAAAAUAGUCAUAAUGAUUUUAGGGCCAUUUGGCAUCAUGCACAUUUGGCAUAAAAACUAAAAGAAUUAUAAAAACUGUAGGAAGAAGCUCAAUUUACAUCUGUAUUAUUGCCUUUUUCUGGGCAUAUGCGUAUUUCAAGGAAUGAUUUACUUAUUCUCCUAAUGGGUGGCAACCAAAAAAUGGGAUUAUUGUUCCGUGGUUCAUCGUGCUGCUUCUGAUCCUGCUUAUGAGUUGCUUCGUGGCUUUGGCAUUACAAUCACCUUUGUAUACAAUAGAGCUGAGUAGACCAAAUAAUGCUUUGGCAGUUUUCACAACAUUUUCACGUUUAAAAUGUUCGACCGUGUACUUUUCCCAUGAUCUUUGUUCGCUUGAAAAAUUUACAAAGCGCGCCGCAGUAUUUUUUGUUUCUACGGCAUGUUGUGAGCAGUGUUGGAGUGAAAGUGUGUGUGUGACAAUUCUUAAAGUCAUAUUUCUCUUGCCUUAUUUCGGGUAAAUGCGUACUUUUAAAGAAGGAGUCAUUUACUCUUUUGCUUCAUCCCGGGCAAAUGCGUACCAUGAAAGAAGGAGUCAUCUUCUUUUUUGCUUCAUCCCGGGGAAAUGCAUACUUUUAAAGAAGGAGUCAUCUACUCUUUUGCAUUAUUCCGGGCACAUGCGUACUUUUAAAGAAGGAGUCAUCUUCUUUUUUGCUUUAUUCCGGGCAAAUUCGUACUUUUAAAGAAGGAGUCAUCUACUCUUUUGCAUUAUUCCGGGCACAUGCGUACUUUUAAAGAAGGAGUCAUCUUCUUUUUUGCUUUAUUCCGGGCACAUGCGUACUUUUAAAGAAGGAGUCAUCUACUCUUUUGCAUUAUUCCGGGCACAUGCGUACUUUUAAAGAAGGAGUCAUCUUAUUUUUUGCUUUAUUCCGGGCAAAUGCAUACUUUUAAAGAAGGAUUCAUCUUCUUUUUGCUUCAUCCCGGGCAAAUGCAUACUCGCAAUCGUAAACAAUGCCUUUUCCUGCAAAUUUCUCAACAACUAGGACCGCUUCCAGCUAACAAUCACUUGAAACUGGUGGCGCUCCCUUCUAUUAAACAGAAGUGGAAAAUAUCGCCAAAAGUCUUUAAUCUUCCUGAAAUCAGCAGAAGAAGUCAAUGUUUACGUUUGCGGCUUUCGCCCUUAUGAAAUAACAAUGUCAAUAUAUUCGUACGAUUAACCUUUUUUGUGCCAAAUAAUAGUAUUGCUGAACGGCCCGUUGUAUUUAAUUUAUUUUUCGAGGAUUAUGCCAAAUGGUCAUUAUGCCAAACGGUCGUAAUGCCAAAUGGCCUCGAGGUACUCAACGAAUUAUGCCAAAUGGUCGUUAUGCCAAAUGGCCUUUACACAUUUAAAUCGUUAUGCCAAAUGGCAUUAUGCCAAACGGCCUUAUGACAUUAUGCCAUAUGGGCUUCCCCCGUUUGAAGUCACGAUCAAGUAAUAGCAUUAUUAUGGUGCCGGGGCGCUCCUUAGCCGUGCGGUAAGACGCGUAGGCUACAAAGCAAGACCAUGCUGAGGGUGGCUGGGUUCGAUUCCCGGUGCCGGUCUAGACAAUUUUCGGAUAGGAAAUUGUCUCGACUUCCCUGGGCAUAAAAGUAUCAUCGUGUUAGCCUCAUGAUAUACGAAUGCAAAAAUGGUAACCUGGCUUAGAAACCUCGCAGUUAAGAACUGUGGAAGUGCUUAAUGAACACUAAGCUGCGAGGCGGCUCUGUCCAAGUGUGGGGAUGUAAUGCCAAUAAGAAGAAGAAGAUGGUGCGUGGGGUGAAUUCGUUGAUAGUUGUGCUCUCUUACCAUCCUCUUACCCCGUAUUUUCACUUGCCCGGGGUACCUUACCAUAAAUUCUAUCACUCCCAGUCGGAGAUUUGUGAACAGCUUCGUAAUGAAAUUCAUCUGCGAAGCAGAUUCGAACAGCACUCGGCAUAGAUAGGGAGUGCUGGUCAAGACAACUGCCGGCAAAAGCAGAGUCUGCUUCUCGGUGUCACCAGCCCUGGCAGAAAUAGUGUUCGUUGAAUAGGGGAGGAGAAGACCACCAGAUGUCAUCGAGAAAAAAAUAGAAUCAUUGAAAUUUCACACGGUGUGGUAUAGGAAAUGAAAUAUUUUUUUGUUAUAAAAAAAAUAAAGUUGUUUUUCAAAAAAAAUCUUGGUUUAAGGGGUUAGAAUUUUAAAAGCACACAAAAUAGACAUGAUAUCUCGAUUUAUAUAUAUUUUUUAUCGAAUAGGACCGUUACAAAUAUUUCAUUAACUUUUUGUCCCACUGGUCUCCGAGAGGUCAAGGGGGGGGAUAAUAAAAAAUAAAUAUUAAAAUGAUAAAAAUCAAAAAACUCCUAGGAUUUGUUAAAGAAUGUUUUGAAAAUCCUCAAAAUUAUCCAAAUUUUAUUUUGUUGCCCCCUCAAAUUUUUUUCACUUAUAAUGCGUUUUCCGACUAGGACUCUUCCAUAAAAAAAAAUGUAACAUGUCUUGUUUUGACUUGUUUUACGUAAACCCUAAUUUUUAAAAAUUAUUUGUUUAUUUUUGUUGUUGCCUCGUUGCCUGUUUUCCCGCUUGCCGGACAGUGGCAACUAUAUUGCCACCAAUUUUUCAAUGUUUCUGAACUGUUUAAUGUAUAACAAACCUACAUUUGUGUGUAAUAUCAUGUCAACAUUGUGUCCUAUUGUUCUUUUUGUUAAUUUAUUAUUUAGAUUCGUCUGCUUUAUAAAGGGUUAAAGGCUUCACACUUCUUAAAGUAUUUCUCAACGGGACACUGUUUGUCUUCGUUACGUUAUGUUUGCACCUCCCAUGCAGUAUGGUAGUAAUUGUUGAUCAAAUCUUGAUCUAUGAUAACUGCUUUUCGUGCGACAAGACUAUUUUGCAGGUUGAACCGUUCUAGUACUGGAUCCUCUUAGCGAUAUCGAUUCAUACCCGUGAUAAAUUUUGCUUUGAACGAGCAGGUACUACUCCUCAUAUGAUCUCUCGAAAGUCGGCAAAGAAACUGGCUAUGGUGGAAGUCAAAAAGCAAAGUUAAUUUUUUGAGGUGAUAAUUAUUGUCGACACCUCCCAUUUAAAUAACACUGUCGUCUCACGUGAUAUGUGCUUCGAAUUCGACUAUUAUCGAGUCAUUAAAACUGCAGCAAUUCAGUGAAUUUUUGGUCCAAAGUUUUUCAUGUAGAAUUUUUUAAUUCGUUUGCUAUACCUAUUGUUAGACGCAAUGGAGCAUGAUCUCAUAUAGUGGAUAAGCAUUUUGAAAGGUUUUCAAAAUCAUAAGUCAGUCGUUUUGAUAAUUUAUCCUUAGAUUUGACAAAUAUAAAAUGGAAGAAAUGUAAUUACAUCUAUCAAAGGUAGAUUCAUAUUUUUUCCCUAAGCAAAUCAGUGACUGCUACUUACCUGUACGGUACGGUGAAAUUUUGCAUAGGAAUUUUUUUCGAGGAGAUGAAGCUUUUGAGCACAACCCGUUUUUGAAAUUCGAAAAGUUUACCCGUAAUGCUGGGUAGACACCUUUACGUGGUGUGUUACGGGGUAAGAUCUACCACGGUUACAUUGCCAGCUACAGGCAAAUCCUGACCCAACGAAUACCUUCCUCAUUAUCCAACUCCGUGGUACUUAUGAGGCUGUCGCUAAGUAGGUGGCCUCUCGUUAAGUAAGUACUACAUCAACACUUCCUUCCUCUCCCUAGUUACGGUGAAGAUGGGUGUGGCCAGGAGUAGUAAUCCUCAGGCUUUUGUUAUUUUUGUUUAAGACUGGAAUCAAGGACCACUCCCCUUCUUGAUUUCUGAUAGCAUUCUAGAUAAGGAUCUCAAAAGUAAAACAUGAGUAUCACUAGUGUUCAAUCUACGAAUUACACCGUAACAAUGCUAAUGCUAAUGCUUAAAACCCGUUUUUGAAAUUCGAAAAGACGAUUUUUAUUGGCACCCUACCGUACACAUUUAUCAGCGCGUAUUCCAUUUCUGAAGUCAUGUCAUGUAACAAAAAGGCCUUUUAUCUAUGAGUAAAAAGAAAAUCUAUGAACGAUAAACUUUCAAGAAUCUAAUUCAGAUGUUCAAACUUUACAUGUUAAGAUUACUAAGAACUUCCAUAGUGAUUUUCAUUAUCGAAAACACAUAAUUCUUCCAGUUGCAAAUUGAUUCUUAUUUUUGCAGCUUGUAUACCGUAUUUUUUAGUGAUGUAUGUGAUUUCAAAAAUCAUUCUCCAACAAAAAGACCAAAAACAAUGGCUAUCUUUUGCGGACAGAUAGUGGCAGCAGCAGCUAAGAUCCAAAAUAACAAUAUGAGCUUCCACCACAGAGACCGAAAACAUUGUUGAAGCAACAUGAAGGGCAGAAUUUUGGCGCGUUACACGUUGAAACAUAACUUUUAUGCUGGCACAUUGAUGAUUGAUUGAUUGCUAUUGUUCGUUUUUUUUCAUUGGAUUGGAAAAGAAAUUUAGUAGUCAAGAAUAAAACAUAGACCGAGAGAGGGAAACCUAUUGUUCAAUCCCCCAUCGUGAGGAUAGCUGAUGGAUUAUUCUAUUAUAUUACACAGAAAUAAUUAAACACACUUAUUAAACUUGCUGAUGAUGAUUAUGAUGCUGAUGCUGAUUGCAAAACCCAAUAUUGAUUGAUCGUUUUACUGUAUUUGUUAAAAAAAAUAAUAAAAAAAAUCAACUGAUAAAAAUAUUACCCUUAUUAUACACCGAUCAUUUUCCUUUCUAUUGAAAUGAUGUUUCCUUGAUGGCGUCGGACGCGAUGCGGAAGAAAAGCAGCGCACGGAAGCGCAAUAAAAAACUUGAGAAGUAAAAAAAACAGUAAAAGUAAGAAAAAGAACACACUGUAAUUAAGAGCGAGAACUACAGAGAAGAAGUUAAACUACUACAAGAACAACAACAGAAAAUGAUAAUUUACAUAAUUUCGUAUAUAAAAAAGGAAUAAAAAUUAGAAGUUAUAUAUCCUUGAAAAAAUAAAACAUAA